AUGUCUGAUCGAGUUGGGGCAUAUAUUCGGUCCAUUUAUCUUGGACGUGAAGCAACGCCUCAUACUGAUGAAGAAGGUGAAGGACGUGAGAUAGAUCAGACAAAGUGGAGGCAGAAAAUGAUCUCUGAGAAUAUUGACUCCCUCAUACUUGGAGUUGUAAACCAAGCGGCGGGUGAAUGUGCCGCACAGAAUCUCCCGUAG